AUGGCCGAAUCGGCCGAAUCUGGUGGUACGACUUUGUCGGCGUCGUCAAAAACACCAGAAUUUAUAGCCAAAUCAUUCAUCGCUGGAGGAGUUGCAGCAUGUUGUGCCAAGACAUCCAUAGCUCCAUUGGACCGAAUCAAAAUUCUCCUGCAAGCUCACAGUGUACACUACAAACAUCUUGGUGUGUUUUCAGCGCUGCGGGCUGUAAAUCAUAAAGAAGGGUUUAUGGCAUUAUACAAAGGUAAUGGUGCAAUGAUGAUAAGAAUAUUUCCAUAUGGUGCAAUUCAGUUCAUGUCCUAUGAACAGUACAAAAGGUUAACAAAGCAGUGGUUGGGAAGUCACAAUCAGAUCGCAAAGCUCAUGUCUGGAUCGUUAGCAGGUAUAACUGCUGUGACAUUUACUUACCCUCUUGACAUGGUACGAGCCAGGCUAGCAUUCCAGAUUACGGGAGAGCACAUCUAUAAUGGUAUAUUCCAUACAUUUCAAAGCAUUUUCCACCAGGAAGGUGGAAUCAAAGCUUUUUACAGAGGUUUUACACCUACAAUAAUAGGCAUGGUACCCUAUGCAGGACUUUCUUUUUACACAUAUGAAACAUUAAAAGCAUUUUUUUUGACAAAUUUUACGGAAUGGACGUGUAAACCUUCUAUAAAACAUAAAGAGGAAUUGGUACUUAGGCUGCCUGUAACUUUCUUAAUUGGUGGUAUGGCUGGAGCUAUGGCGCAAACUGUAUCAUAUCCAUUAGAUGUUGCAAGGCGAAGAAUGCAGCUAGCGAUGAUUUUACCAGACUCCCACAUGUUCAGGAAUUGGUUUCAAACAUUAUUAACAGUUUACAAAUCAGAUGGAAUUGUACAUGGACUUUAUAGAGGACUAAGUAUAAACUACCUCAGAGCUAUACCACAAAUUGCAGUCUCAUUUACAGUGUAUGAAUUCAUGAAACAGAUGUUGGACUUACAGACUGGUGUAGACACUGUGCUUUAA